GUAUGAGUGAUUUUUUUUUAUUUUUUUUUUGUGACAAAGGAUAUUUGACAAUUAGGUAUUACACAUAGGUGGUAUUUGCAAUUAUCACAAAAAACUAAGUGACCAAAUUGAAUUUAUGAAAAAUUAUACAAACUUGACCAAAUACUAACAACCCUUUUAUUAUUGGACAAGUUGAAAAAUAAAAAAUGUUCAUGGUUGUCUGAUCGAGCUCACCAAAAAAAUAAUGCGCGUAUACACAAGGGACGUGUUUCCGCCUUGAACGAGUCCAGGGUUAUCGUACGAAGGCAGCAGAGUCUACUUUCUAUCUCUUUCAUAGAGCCAAGAAGACUUUCUUGCAAUUAGUACUUGAACGCGUCCAAAUAUCCAUAACUAAUCCUUAUAAUUUGUUAUUCAAGCAACACAAUUUAUUUAUUUUUAAAUGAAGAAUCAAUUUAAUAAGUAUCCACUUGAAUUGCGUUGACAACUAUCUUUCUUGAAAAGAUGCAUUUAUCUAUCUUUCUCAUAUUUUUCAAAGUUGAUCUGAAUAUUAGCGUAAAAGCAAAAUAAUUCAUCAGAGUUGAUUCGAAUAUUAUAUUGAUUUGUUAAGAAAUGGCAGAGUCGUUCCUUCAAAUAAUUCUUGAAAAAUUGAGCUCAUUGAUCCAUGACAAGUUUGUGUCGAUUACGGGCAUGGCCAAGGAGAUGAAGAAGCUCUCCAGGACACUCGCCACCAUUCAAGUUGUGCUUGAAGAUGCUGAAAUGAAGCAACUUAAGAACAGAGCCAUACGAGAGUGGCUGGUCAAGCUCAACGACAUCGCCUACGAGAUUGAUGACAUAUUGGAUGAGUAUAUAACAAAAUUGUCGAAACCGAUGCACAGAAACUGCACAUUGGAUGGCUUCAACCGAAUCAAGUUUCGACACCAAAUUGGUAGAAGGAUGAAGCAAGUCACUAAAAACAUUGGUGAGGUUAAUGCGGAGCGCAAAAUGUUCAGUUUGCAAGAGAUGACUAUAGAGAGGCCAAUCGAUGCGGCCACGAGUACCAUACGUGAGACUGGUUCUAUUUUGACCGAGUCUCAUGAGAUUUAUGGUAGAGAUGCAGAUGCAAAGAAGAUUGUGGAUAUAUUGGUGACCCAAGUCAAGGACAAUCAAGAAAUCUCCGUCCUGCCCAUAAUUGGUGUUGGAGGCCAAGGCAAGACAACCCUUGCUCAAUUAGUCUACAACGAUCAACAGGUCGUUGAUAGUUUCGACAAAAGAAUUUGGCUUUCUGUGUCCGACAAUUUCGAUCUCAAGACUUUGUUGAAGGCCAUGAUUGAAUCUGGGACUACAAAUGCUUCAGAUCUAGAUAACUUGGAUACUUUACAACGCCACAUGUGGAAGUUGAUGAACAACAAAAGGUACUUGCUUGUAUUGGAUGAUGUUUGGAACAAAGAUCGAGAGAAGUGGUCUGACUUAAGAAAGGUCCUGGCAUGUGGAUCAACUGGAAGUUCGAUUAUCGUCACCACACGCCUAAAAGAGGUUGCGGAUAUAAUGGGAACACUUCCAGCACAUCAGUUAACACAAUUUUCAGAUGAGCAAUGUUGGAUGUUGUUGCGAGAACAUGCAUUCGGACAAGAGAAAGAAGAAUAUCCAAACCUGGAAGCCAUCGGGAAGCAGAUAGUAAAUAAGUGUGAUGGUGUUCCUAUGGUGGCUAAGGCUCUUGGAGGUCUGUUGCGGUACAAGAGGGAAGAGACGGAAUGGAUUUGUGUGAAAGAAAGCGAAAUAUGGGAAUUACCUGAAGAAGAAACUCUGUAACUGCCAACCUUGAGAUUG